AUGUCUGUAAGUUAUGAUUUCACCGGAAAGGUAGCUCUGAUAACUGGUUCGAGUUCGGGUAUCGGUGCCGGCAUUGCCCAACUGUCUGCCAAAUCGGGUGCCAAUGUUGUAGUAACCGGUCGUAAUACCGAUCGUGUGGCCAAAGUGGCCAAACAGUGUACAGAUUUGUCACCGAAACAGUUGACUGCACUGGAAGUUGUCGGCGAUGUUAACAAACAAGUGGAUUGCGAUCGACUAAUUGAUUCGACUGUCCAAACGUUUGGCAAAUUGGAUAUAUUGGUCAACAAUGUCGGGUUCGCUCAUAUGGCAGAUGUCGAUACAGAGGAUUACUUUCAAAUAUUUCAAAAUGUUAUGCAAACUAACUUGAAUUCAGUGGUAUAUCUGACCCAUAAAUCUGUUGAACAUUUGGCCAAAACUAAUGGCAAUAUUAUUAAUAUAUCGAGUAUUGCGUCAAAAAUAUCGGCUGGAAGGUAACGGUUCGUCACCCUAUAAUAUAUCUAAGGCAGCACUGGAUAUGUUUACCAAAUGUAUGGCCGCAGAGUUGGGACCCAAACGUAUUAGAGUUAAUUC